AUGACAAUAUACAAUGGCUUUGAGGUCUCUGUCAGCUGUUUGUGUAUUUAUUCUGAAUUUACAGGUGAUCCAUCGUGGAAUUACUCGAAAAUAUUUUAUGAUGAAACUCACACAAUUGCUUCUGGCUUAGUGCAUCUUAAUGUCACGUUACCCCGUGACAAAAACCAAAUGGUUAGCUUCGUUUGCGUCAAUAUCACGGGAGCUGAUUUGAUCACAACACAGGUGGCCUUUGCGAGUCUCUUUCAUCAGGUUUCAGUUGACUUACAAACUCCAUACGAUGAGGACGUCGCAGUUCACAUUAUAGCAUUAGAACAUGGUUAUUAAAAAUAACUAAUAUU